AUGUUAACUUUGCACGAGUCCGUUGGCGGCGGCCCGCCCAGGUACCCGGCUCAGGUCAGUGUGACCUUCCAGGAUGUGGCCGUGUACUUCUCCUGGGAAGAAUUGCGUCUCCUUGCUAAGGCUCAGAGACGCCUGUACCAUGAUGUGAUGCUGGAGAACGUGGCACUUGUGAUCUCGCUUGGUGGUUGGCAUGGAGCAGAGGAUGAGGAAGGACCUUCUGAGCAGCAUAUUUCAGAUCAAGGGGGUUCACAGAUCAGGCCUGUCAAGGCAGGUCUGUCUCCUCAGAAGGCCAACCCUUGUGAGAUAUGUGGCUUGAUCUUGAACGACAUUUUUCACUUGGCUGAAUACCAGGGAACACAUCACAGGCAGAAAUUACGCAUAUAUGCGGCAUGUGAGGAACUAUUUUAUUUCAGAGCAAACCUUUAUCAGCACGAAAAGCAGAUUGGAGAGAAACUAUUGAGAAGCAAUGUAAGGAGAGCCUUAUUUGUGAACAACUGCAAAUUCUGUGUGUCAGGGAAGCCCUUCACCUUCAGGGAGGCUGGGAAGGACUUCCUGGAUGACUCAGGAUUUUAUCAACAGGCCACACACACCAGGGAGAAGUCAAAUAGUGGAAUCAAGUGUGAGGAUGCCUCUACAAAGGAAAAUACUCAUUACAACAGGGAAGACCACAAAAACUUUAAGCUGCAAAUGCACAUUUGUUUAGUGCCAGACAGCCGCCCUGGAGAAAGAUGUUAUAUUUGCAAUGAAUGCGUGAAAUCCUUUAACCAAAUCUCCUACCUCAUUAGACAUCAGAGAGUUCACACUGGAGAAAGGUCUUAUGAGUGUAGUGAAUGUGGGAGAUCUUUUAGCCAAAACUCUAAUCUCAUUCAACAUCAGAGAAUUCACACUGAAGUAAGACAUUAUUAGUGCUAUGAAUGCAGGAAAUCUUUUCACCAAAGCUCUGCACUCCUUCAACAUAGAAGAGUUCAUACUGCCGAAAGGCCUUAUGAAUGUAGUGAAUGUGGGAAAUCCUUUAGAUAUAUGUCCAGCCUCAUUACACAUCAGAGAGUUCACACUGGAGAAAGGCCUUAUGAGUGCAGUGAAAGUGGGAAGUCCUUUAAGAAAAGCUCUUCACUCCUUCAACAUUAGAGAGUUCACAGUGGAGAGAGGCCUUAUGAAUGCAGCAAAUGUGGGAAAUCAUUUUGCCAAAACAUUGUGCUCCAUCAACACCAGAGGGUUCACACUACAGAAAAACCUUAUUGGUGCAAUGAAUAUGAGAAAUCAUUUAGACAUAUAUCCAGCCUCAUUACACAUCAGAAAGUGACUGGAGAAAGGCCCUAUGAGUGCAGUGAGUGUGGGAAAUCUUUUGAGAAAAGCUUUUUCCUUUACCAUCUGCGAGUUCACACUGGGAAAAGGCCUUAUGAAUGCAGCGAAUGUGGGAAAUCAUUUCAUCAAAAUUUUGUGCUCCUUCAACAUCAGAGGAUUCACACUGGAGAAAAGCCUUAUCAGUGCAGUGAAUGUGAGAAAUCCUUUAGUCAAAGCUCUACCCUCACCACACAUCAGAAAAUUCACACUGGAAAAUAACCUUAUAGGUUGAGGAAUGUGUGCAAUUCUAUACCUACGGUUUCGAGCUCCUAAAAUACCAAAAUGCAUACACUGGAGAAAGACUUUAUGAGUGCAUUGUAUGUGGGAAAUCCCCUACUAAAAACGCCAGCCUUGGGGCACCUGGGUGGCUCAGUUGGUUAAGCAUCUGACUUUGGCUCCUCAUGAUCUCCCAGUUUGUGGGUUUGAGCCCUGCAUUGGGCUCUGUGCUGACAGCUCAGAGCCUGGAGC